AUGGUGGUCCGCUCAGCACAUUGGGUGCUGGCCUUCAACAUUGACGAAUCUGGAGUUUUGGAACUUGUGCAAGAGAUGCUGGAGUAUUCGGCCCGCUGUCUUACGAGCUAUGCGGCUGAAAUGCAAGCAGACUGGCGCGGCAGUGGCCAUCAAGUGCCCUUGGAAGUCUUCCGAGAGUUCCAGAUUUGUUUGGGCCGCUCCGCGCUGAAUGUGGAGGACUGGCACUGGAAUUUGGAGCAGCUCAGCGCCUGGUGGAUCAUGUUCCUGCUGCGAAGCGAGCCUUCCCUGAACGGCUCUAGCCAGCUCGCAGGGUAG